AUGGAGGAAGAAAGAAACGUAGAUGAGACUAUGGUAUCAAGGAGGGAGUUGUAUGGCGAAAAGUUCAUAGAAGUUUAUGGAUCUCCAGAGCAAAGUGAAAUUGUGCAGGAGGCGGUGACUGGGGAGAUAUCAGGAGAUGAAGAUAUGAUCUCCUUAGCAAUGAUGAAGAGGAAGGCUUCAUCAUUGAGCAGGAAAGAACUC